AUGUUUACCAUUCCUCUACGAUUCUUAGUUCACACCUAUGUACUGCUGUUCGUUGCAUUCGAACAGAUUGCGUCUAUCCAGAUUAAAACAUUCUCCAGUGCCAUAUUCAUCACAUCAGAUGUGAUCAACACAUUCUCUAACACCACAUGCGAUCAGUGUACAUGUCUUGCAUGGACAUCUCAAGCGGUUGCAUGGAACUGUAUGAUAAACACGAGUACAUGUCAACUAAUCAGCAAAUAUUCAUCGACAAACGGUUACCUGCAAACGACAACCAAUGGAUCAUUUUUUUAUCUGCCAUCAACCACAGUUGGGACAACUAUCGCUGGUUAUAGCACUGGAUACAGUUCAAGUGGAUCGAUGGGAUUGAGACGUCCACAUGGAUUGUUCAUAAGUAGAAAUGGUACUCUAUAUGUUGUUGACACGUUCAAUGCUAGAGUACAAGCGUUCGCAUGGAAUUCAUCUGUUGGCUCAACUGCUGUACCUAGUUCGGUUUUAAGCUACGCUGAGUUCGUGUACGUUAACGAGAAUACCUCGACUAUAUAUACCUCAGACUACAAUUUACAUGGUGCGGUUCUUUACCCUGGUAACACGACAAUACCGACAGCGGGACAAAACUUGACUUGCUCUACCAACCGACCCUAUUCUGCAUCGGGUUUGCUAGGUGAUAGCAAAGGAAAUUUGUACAUUGCAUCUUCGUUUUGUCAUACUGUACUCAAAUUCGAUGGAUCAAAUACAAAUAUUCGCAUUCGUGUGGCAGGUUCAGGGACGGCUGGUAGUGGUAGUUCACAAUUGAAUACUCCGUACGGACUAAGUCUCGAUGAAAAGAACUCCAUUUUGUAUGUAGCUGACACGCAAAACCACCGAAUUCAAAAGAUUUUCCUCAAUCAGAACAGUACUGUUGGCGUUACCGUAGCAGGUGGAAAUGGAGGUGGAUGUGCUUUGAAUCAACUUAAUGCUCCAUCAGGUGUGACUUUUUCGCAGAAAGACGGCUCUGUUUACAUCGCAGACAGCAAUAAUAAUCGAAUUGUUCGUUGGAAAAUCAAUGCCACUGAAGGUGUAGUUGUCGCAGGCAGUUUGAAUUGCAUGGUUGGAACUACCUCAGUUCUGCUCAAUGGCCCGUUUGACCUAAAAUUUGACGCAAAUGAAACCUUUCUGUUCGUUGCCGACAUGUAUAACAAUCGUGUCCAAAGAUUUCAGUUAAAUUAA